AUUUGGUUUUGCGAUAAAUUAAAUAUAUAUUAAAUACAGUUUCAUUAUAAGAUUUCAUUUUACACUUUUGUGUAACUGAAAAGCACAGGAUGUUUAUGAGAAAAUUGUUACAUCCUGAUUUAAAAGUUUGCCAAAGAUUGUUUGGUAGAGGCUUGUCUAACUCGUCAUGGGAUUUAGUUACGAGUGUAUGUGUUGAAAGGCUGCCAGUAGUCACGUCACCUCUCAACGAAAUCCAGAAAAAGUACAAAACUUUGCUUAACACUAUAGAAAUAGAGAAGAGCCUUAAAUCGGACCAUGAAUUGAGGCGUGAAACUGAUAAAAUCCAAGCAGAACUCCUGAAGAAUGAGUCUGCAGAUGUGGACCCCGAUGCAGUGAGCAAGAUCACUGCGCAAGACUUUGAGGAUGCAUCUAAUGAAGAAUAUGCCAAAUUCAAAUUUGCUGACAUUGUUACAGAAGCGGACAAAAAGGGUGACAAGACUACGUUAGACAGGUGCCUUCAAAGGCACUUGGUUCUAGUUACUAAUCACAAAUUAGGCAAAGAUGAGAAACACAUUCUACCUCAAGGACUUUGGAAAGAAGGAGAGACCCUUAGACAGACCGCUGAAAGAAUAGUUGCCGAGCACUGCGGGCCAGACUUCAAAGUACAGUUUCUUUCCAAUGCGCCGUGCGGGUUCUACAAGUACAAAUAUCCCACGGAAAUCAACGGGAAAGUAGGCGCCAAGGUGUUCUUCUACUACUCCAAUUACAAAAGCGGCUCGGCGGCCAGCGAAGCCAAAGCUAAUUGGCUGACCAGGGCCGAGCUGAGGCAGGCCCUCCCCCCGCGCUACACCAGCUCGCUCCGGGAAUUCCUGAUUGAAGAGAGGUUUUAGUGUGCAUAAUAGUGUAAUUAAGUAUAUAGGUAAUAAAGUUAGUUGAUCACG